AUGUCUGAAAUUUCUUCAGUUCUCCUAAUAGGUGGAUCUGGAUUUCUAGGUCUACACUUAAUACAACAAUUCUAUGAACUUUCGCCUCGACCAAGUAUUCACGUAUUCGAUGUGAGACCUCUGCCAGAAAAACUUUCCAAUCAGUUCACUUUCAAGUUGGAUGAUAUACAAGUCCAUAUUGGUGACUUAACAUCCUUUGAAGAUGUACAAAAAGCAAUAAAGGUCAGUGGUGCCAAUGUGGUAGUGCAUUCUGCAUCACCUAUGCAUGGUCAAAACAAGGAAAUAUACGAUCUGGUUAACGUUAAGGGUACCAGAAAUGUCAUUGAUGUUUGCAAGAACACCAAUGUUAACAUCUUGGUUUAUACAUCAUCUGCCGGUGUUAUAUUUAACGGACAAGAUGUUCAUAAUGCGGAUGAAAGAUGGCCAAUCCCUGAAGUACCCAUGGAUGCGUAUAAUGAAACGAAAUUUACAGCAGAAGACAUGGUACUAAAAUCAAAUGAUCCUGAAAAUGGAUUUUUAACAGUGGCGUUACGUCCUGCCGGCAUUUUUGGUCCCGGUGAUAGACAAUUGGUCCCUGGGUUAAGAGCUGUGGCUAAACUUGGUCAGUCAAAGUUCCAAUUGGGUGAUAAUAAUAACUUAUUUGAUUGGACAUAUGCAGGUAAUGUAGCAGAUUCACAUGUUUUGGCAGCACAAAGGUUAUUGGAUCCAGCUACUGCAAAAGAGGUCUCUGGUGAGGCAUUUUUCAUUACUAAUGAUACACCUACAUAUUUUUGGUCUUUAGCCAGAACGGUUUGGAAGGCUGAUGGACAUAUUGACAAGAAUGUUAUUGUAUUAAAGAGACCAGUGGCUAUAUUGGCUGGUUACUUAUCCGAAUUUUUUUCCAAAUUAUUGGGGAAAGAACCUGGUUUGACACCGUUUAGAGUUAAAAUAGUGUGUGCAUCGCGUUAUCAUAACAUUGCGAAGGCCAAGAAGUUGCUAGGUUAUGAACCAAGGGUUGAUAUCGAAGAAGGGAUUAAAAGAACAUUGGCUUGGAUGGAUGAAGACUUGUAA